AUGUUAAGAAGAGAUAGUACAUUAAGUAAAUAAUCUCUGGAAGAUGAGAACCAGAUGAAAAUAGAGAGUGAAGUUUUGAAAAUAGUUCAGAUAUUAAGCAUGGAAUCUUAAGAGAGAACUUUAAUGUAAUUGAAUUAUGUUGCAAGAAGAUUAGAACGAUCAUUUACAUAUUUCAAGUAUUAUAUCAAUAUCAAUAUAGAAAAUUAAAAUCUUAGUUGAGAGAAGACAUACUCCUUAAAUUAAUAAAGUCAUUAUUUAUAGAGAGGUUCUAAUAAUAUGAGACAGUCUUCAAUUAAGGAGAAACAGGACGAAAAAUGUAUUUUGUUUUAGAAGGGGAAGUGUCAAUACUUGUUAAAAAUUAGGAUCAGAUUGACUCUACUAUCAAUUUGAAAAAAUGUAAUAGGAGUCUUAUAUAUAUAUAGGUAAAUUGAAAAAAUUUGAAGAUGUUUUAGCUAUUCGUUAUCCAAAUUUUAGAUAAGUAGCUACCAAAAAGUAGUUUGAUUAUUUUGGAGAAAUAGCAAUAGAAUAAAGAAUACCUAGGACAGCUACUGUGAUUGCUAAGGAAUCUACAACAUUGGCAGUGUUGACUUAUGAAUCUUAUUAAAAACUUUUAAGAGAUAUUACAUAAGAAGCUAUCACAAUAAGAUCAGAGCUCAUUGCUUAAAUAUACCCUUUUGACUAAUUAAAUGAAACUUCAUUGCAACAAUUAUUACAUGAUUAUGAAGAAAUUAAUCUAAAUGGAGGAGCAUUAUUAUUUAAAAGAAUGUAGAAAGCAGAUUGUCUAUAUUUAAUAAUCUCAGGAGAAGUCUUAGUAUAAAAAUGGGAAGCAGUAAAAAAUAAAGAGGAAUCUGAGGAAGAAAAUAUAAUAGAAACUAAUAUGUUAAGUAAAUCAAGCAAAGUUUUAGUUAAUUUAGGUGUAUUUGGUAGAGGAUAAAUGAUUGGUGAUUUUGAAUAGUUUUUAAAUUUAAAAUAACCAACACCAUUAUUAAGAUGCACUUAAGGAGUUGUUUAAAAUUAAGCUAAAAUAUUUAGAAUUUGGUAAAGUUAAUUUAAUGAAAUUAUCAGACAUACAUUAGGUAUGAAUUGGUAUUCAAAUUAUUUAAAUGAAAAAUAUUAAUAAAAAUAGAAUCAUAGUAUUCCUAAAAUCAAACUAACAAAUAGAACUAUUAGAACAUAAUCAAAUAUAACUAUUUUAAAUGGAAUAAAAGAUCCAUCUUAUAUUAAAAUAUCAAGUGAUAGAUAUAAAAUUAUAUAAAAUGUUGAUGAUAAAUUACCUACUGUUCCAAAAUAAUCUCCUAAAAGAAAAUUAUAAUUGACUAUCGAUUAUAAAGAUAAAAAUAAUCUUAAAUAUUAUAAUGCUGUUACUCCUAAUCUAUAAAAUAAACCUUAAUUAAAUACUAAUCAAAAUUUUUCAAUGAAAUUCUUUGCAACUUCAUUGAAAUAGAGAAUCUUAGAUUAAAAAAAUGAAGAAAAUAGUUUAAAUUUUGGAUCUACUAAGUAUUUAAAAACUGAGCCUUCUAGUGAAUAAAAUAUACCAUCAUGCAAUACAAUUCUAUUAUCUCCUAGAUAUUCUAAACUUUUUAAAAAAGAAACUAGUUUUCAUCGAAUCAAAUCUUGA